AGCCAUUUGUAAUCUGUGAUGAUCGGAUGAAAAUGGCGGGAUUCGGUGAAAAAUUUGAGUGGAGCCCUAACCUCAACAACACAGACUCAAAAUAUUAAUUGUAUUAAUGAAAAAUUUUAUCGAAAAAAAUGAACUUGGAGCUGUAGCUUCUUCGUCGUAUUCAUGUGCGGUUGAUAUUGUUAAAUGCAUGUGUGAUGGUCGGAUGAAAAUGGCGGGAAUCUGUGAAACAUUUAACCGGAAACCUAACCUCAACAAAAAUGAACUCGAAAUAUUGCUUAUAUCUCUGAAAACUUAUCAGUGACACCUGUGGCAAAAUAUAAUUUGAGGGUCUAAAACUUUGCUGCUUAAUACUGCGAAUAUAUUUCGAGUAUCAUAAUACAUUUCGGUUUUAUUUUCCAAAAUUAUAUUCGUAUUUGCAAACAAGGUAUUAUAAAAUUACAGCUUUCAAGGGGGAAGACUCUACAAUCAUGGCACUCCAACAAUUGACCCAGGCUUUGCAAGCCUUAUCUAAAUCUGUUUCCAAUUUUCACGUCGGUGCAGUUUCAACCGACGAUUUUAAGCCAAUCGAAGAAAAAAUAGAGGAUAUACGACAGAUAUUACGAAAACAAAAGGCUCAUUGGAUAUUGGUGAAUACUAAACACAACGCACAUUCUGUUACAGAGGGGAACCAAGAUGUUGGCAAUGGGUUUGAAGAUUUACAUCAGGCAGUAGGGGAUCUGAGAAUAGCUAAUUCCAUGGUUAACGUGUGUCUUCAAAGUUGUACCAUUAACGAUAUUGUGCUUAAAGACAAAUCACCACCUGAAAUCAAGAAGCAAGUAAAGGAGUGCCUGUCGAGGCUGUUCAUACUCUCGGAUAAAUUGAUAUCCUUGAACGUUUCAAUGACCGAAGCAUUGAACGAGGAAUUAAAUCUGAAAAAAGAAUGCCAAGAGUCCUUAUUGGAACAUAGCCAAUUUUUACAAACUCAAAAGGCUCUUCGAAAUGCAAGACUUCAAGAUGCAAACCCUGAAAUAUUGAGGAACAAAAAGAAGUUGGAAACGAGAUUAACAAAAAUAAAUAUAAUGAAACGGCUAAUGACCAACAUGAUUGCCACAGCUAGUGAAAUGCUGAGCCAGCAACCAUUUUUGUUUGAAAUGAUGCUUAAGCACAGAGACAUUAUCAAUAUUGAAACAAUUAUUGAAAUGGCACGUGAGAAUGCCUCAACAGAUUCUUUGUCACAUGCUUCAUAAACUGGUGCCUUAUAUUCAUUUAAAUAUAGAGAAUAUUUUGCAUACUCGCA